CUUCCUCACUUUCGGUUUCGCGCCGCCUGGAAGGGGCAGGUGUCCCGGGUCCCAGACGCGGAGGCCGCGGGAGCGCCCCCGGCAGUGAGUGCGUGGGCCCGGCCGCGGUCAGCGACCUGCCCGGGAGGACGGGGCGCGGGAGGCCCGGGAGAGCCCGGCGGGGGGCGCCCGAAGCCGGGGUGGGAGGGAGCCGGGCCGGAGGUGCGGCCGCGCAGACCCCGCGGCUCUGCUGCCCUGUUGGGCCGCCCCGACACCUGCUGGGGCUCCUGCUGCUGGGGGCCUGGGGGGACCUGGGGGCCCGGAUGCCGGGGACCCUGAUGCUGGGGAGCCUGAUGUUGGGGACCCUGAUGCCGGGGACCCUGAUGCUGGGGAGCCUGAUGUUGGGGACCCUGAUGCCGGGGACCCUGAUGCUGGGGAGCCCCCGCCGGAGCCCCCAGGCCCCACCACAGCACCGAGUCUGAAUCACUUCCCCGCGUUUACUGAGCCUGGCGGAGCGCUGACACGUGUCGGGCCCCCGCGACGGGCCCCCGCGACGGCUGCCUGGCUUCACCCUGGCUCCCGUGGGCACAAGACAGCAGCCAGCACCCUCCUGUGAGCAGGCACAGCCCAUCUCAGGGCAGACGGUAGCAGGGUGGCCCGCGGGCUCGGCAGGGGCCGUUCCUGGGCCUCACAAGCACCUGGGCCCAAGCAGGGCAGGGCGCGUGUGGGCUGCAACCUCUGCGAAGCUGAGCCUGCCAGGCUUCGGCUCCCUCGGAUGCAACACUUGCCAGGAAGCCGCGUCCAGCCUCCCAGAGCCUCCUUCGUUGGGCCGCGAGCCCUGGAGGCUGAGCCUGGUGAGGCUGGAGCCCCAGUGGGCCCGCUGCUGUGCAGGCUCCGGACUCAGCAGGAGCCCCUGGGAUCCAGCCCCGCACAGAUCCCGACCUCAUCCCGGCCUGGGGAGGGGGGGCACUCCCGGCGUGGCUGCUUCUCGUUGCAUCACGACGCCCAUGAGCCCCGUGCUCCUUCCUGGGCCGGGGCCCUGGCCCGGCACUGGGCGGCCCUCAGGGAGGCGGGUGGAGCCUCACAGGCCAAGCUUCUCAGUCCUGUUGCUGCGGCUGCUGCGCCUGAACACAUCGGGCUUGGCUCCAGCCCAGCGCUCCUUGCAUGAGGACUGUGGCCGCCUCACGCUCAGCCCUAGGCCCUCAACAAUCACCCGUGGCAUCAUCUGCUUGCACCGGGGGCCCCGAGCAUGCUGAGGGAUGACUAGGGAGCAGAAGAGGGGCCGUGCUGUUGGGGUUCCGGCGUCUGGACGGAUGGAUUGGGUGUGUGCUGCGGGGUCUCCACCACAGGAAAGGGAAACCGCAGGUGGCGCUGGGCUGAGACUCCACUCCGUGGAUUCCUCCGGGACUUUGUUUCUGGCGAGGGGCAGGAUCAUGGGCCGCCAGCUGGGCCGCGCGCUGGGGCUGCUGCUUGUGGCCGGCGCCGUGGCCGCGGCAUCCUGCUGCGCGGCCGAUGGCCGGAGGGCCCUGUACCGCUCCUGCAACCUCAGCCAGGUGCCCCCAGUCCCCAGCACCACCGAGAUCCUCCUGCUGAGCUUCAACUACAUCCGGGCCGUCACCCGCGCCUCGUUCCCCCUCCUGGAGCGGCUGCAACUGCUGGAGCUGGGGACGCAGCGGACGCCCUUCAGCGUCGACAGAGAAGCCUUCAGGAACCUGCCCAACCUUCGCACCCUGGACCUGGGCAACAGCCGGGUGGAUUUCCUGCAUCCCGACGCCUUCCAGGGGCUGCCCCACCUGCAGGAACUCCGGCUGUUCGCCUGUGGCCUCUCCGACGUCGUGUUGACAGACGGUUAUUUCAGAAACCUGGGGGCUUUGUCGCGCCUGGACCUGUCCAAAAAUCAGAUUGGGAGCCUCGAGCUUCACGCCUCCUUCCGGGAGCUGGGUUCCCUGAGGUCCGUGGACUUUUCCCUCAACCGGAUCCUGGCCGUGUGCGAGCAGGGGCUCAGACCCCUGCAGGGCAAGGCGCUCUCCCUUCUGAACCUCGCGGCCAACGGCCUGUACAGCCGGGCCCCCGUGGACUGGGGGCGGUGCGGGAACCCAUUGAGGAACAUGGUCCUGGAGACCCUGGAUGUGUCUAACAACGGCUGGACCGCGGACAUCACGGGCAACGUCACCAGGGCCAUCGGCGGGAGCCAGAUCUCCUCCCUGGUGCUCGCCCACCACAUCAUGGGGCAGGGGUUUGGCUUCCGGAACAUCCGGGACCCUGACCGGAGCACGUUUGCGGGGCUGGCCGGGAGCUCGGUGCUGCAGCUGGAUCUGUCGCAUGGCUUCGUCUUCUCCCUGAACGCCCGACUGUUCGAGGCGCUCGGGGACCUGAAGCUCCUGGACCUCGCCCACAACAAGAUCAACAGGAUCGCGGGAGAAGCGUUUCGCGGCCUUGGCAGCGUCCAGGUUCUCAACCUGUCGCACAAUCUCCUGGGCGAGCUCUACGACUCUGACUUCUCGGGGCUCGCGGAGGUCGCCUACAUCGACCUGCAGCACAAUCACAUCGGGAUCAUCCAGGACCAGACGUUCAGAUUCCUGGGGGCACUUCGGACCCUGGAUCUCCGCGACAACGCCCUCAAAACUGUUUCCUUCGUGCCUGGCAUAGACACUGUCUUCCUGGGCAACAACAAGCUGGAGACCGUGUCCCACGUGGACCUCACAGCCAGCUUCUUGGAGCUGUCGGACAACAGGCUGGAGGACCUGAGCGACCUCUACUCGCUCCUCCGGGUCCCUGCCCUGCAGGUCCUCAUCCUGAACCGCAACCGCCUGUCCGCGUGCCGCGGCGGACACGGCCCCACGGGCAGCGUCGGCCCAGAGAGGCUCUUCCUCGGGGGCAACAUGCUGCAGCUGGCCUGGGAGACCGGGCGGUGCUGGGACGUGUUCCGGGGGCUGCCCCGGCUCCGGGUGCUGCACCUGAACCACAACUACCUGGCCGCCCUCCCGCCGGGGCUGCUGCGGGACCUGACGGCGCUGAGGGGCCUCGACCUGAGCGCCAACAGGCUGAGCACGCUGUCCCGGGGCGACCUGCCUGCUACCUUGGAGGUGCUGGACGUGUCCAGGAACCAGCUCCUGUCCCUGGACCCCGGGCUGCUUGCCCCGCUCAGAGCCGUGGACCUAACACACAACAAGUUCAUCUGCAGCUGCGAGCUCCGUCCCUUGGUGAGGUGGCUCAACCGGACCAACGUCACCGUGUUCGGGUCCCGUGCUGACAUGCGCUGCGCCUACCCCAGCUUGCUUGCGGGGACGCCCCUGUCCUCUGUCUCCAUGGAGGGCUGUGACGACGAGGAGGCCCUGCGGGCCCUCGCGUUCUCCCUCUUCAUCUUCUCCACCGUCGGGGUCACGCUGUUCCUCCUGGCCAUCCUUGUGGCCGCCAAGCUCCGGGGCCUUUGCUUCCUCUGUUACAAGGCGGCCCGGCGCCUCCUGCCCGCGGGGCCUGCCGAGGACGGAGCGCCUGACGCGUACCAGUACGACGCCUACCUGUGCUUCAGCGGCAGAGACUUCGAGUGGGUGCAGCGCGCGCUGCUCAGGCACCUAGACGCUCAGUACAGCUCCCGAAACAGGCUGAACCUGUGCUUCGAGGAGAGGGACUUCGUCCCGGGGCGGGAGCACAUCGCCAACAUCCAGGACGCCGUGUGGAGCAGCCGCAAGGUGGUCUGUCUGGUGAGCAGGCACUUCCUCCGCGACGGGUGGUGCCUGGAGGCCUUCGCGGCCGCGCGGAGCCGCUGUGCGUCCCACCUGGACAGCGCCCUCGUCCUGGUGGUCGUGGGCUCCCUGUCGCAGUACCAGCUGAGGAGGCACCCGGCCAUCGGGGGCUUUGUGCGGCAGCACCAGUACUUGAGGUGGCCCGAGGAUCUGCAGGACGUGGGCUGGUUCCUGGACACGCUCUCCCGACACAUCCUGCAGGAGCAGAGGGGCGCUCGCAGGGACGGCGGCAUCCCGCUGCGCACCGUGGCGGCCGUCGCCUAGCUGGCUGAGCCCAGGCCGCGGGGCUCUUGCCAUUUGCACGGGUCACUGCUCUGGGCGCCAGUUUCCUACCUGGAGAACGUGAUUGCACACGAAGCCCGUUCUCCCCAACCCGCCUCGGCAAGGGGUCCCGCCAGCCCUGGUCGCGGGCAGGGGGCACCCGGGCUCUGCAGCGCGACACUGAGCGAACCUGAGGGAGGGCGAGCCCAGGCCCCCCUCGCCGCCCGACGGCCACUGCACACCUGGAGCCCCUCCCGAGGCCCGCCUCACCCACCCUCCCAGGCCACGUUCAAGGCGUCUCCUGUCCCCGUCCUCAUCCCCAUCAGCCUGGGGAGCUUCCUGGCACAACUGCCCGUUCCCGAGCCCCUGCAGCCUGCCGUGCGUGGCCAGACCGUGAGCCCCAAUGGCAGGGGACUCGGGCCCGGUCACCCUGCACCCUGAGCCCCACAGGGUGCUCAAUCCAUAGCAGGUGCUGGAUCAGACCCUGUGACCCGAUGAGGUGUGCUGUGAAGCUCAGCGUCCCUGCGUCUGUGUCCGUGUCCACUCCCGGGAGGACAGGGCAGACAUGCGAGGGCAGGUGCCAGGUGGGCAGCAGAAGGGCUGGACCUGGGACUCAGCAUGCACGGGCUCCUGGGGGGGGGCAGUCACAGCCUCGAUGAGCAGCCAGGGGUUGGGGC